CAGUGCUUGACCUCUCGCCCUACUAGUAGAACUUUUGGUAGACAACAUAAUGAGAGCUAUAACUCUGGUACAGCUCCCCCCAGAGCUUUUGUUCCUUAUACUGGUACCUCUCGACGCGCACGACCUAGUACGGGUACGAAAGACGUGCAAAACGCUGAAAGAAACGGUCGACCAUUCGGAGAUGCUGCAAUAUAUCAUCGACCUCGGUUACUUCCAAAUGGAAGCCUCUGAAAUGGACGUGCCGCCAGCUACACGCCGAGAACGACUUAGACAGCAUGACGCUGCAUGGCAACGCUUCGAAUACAAGCAGAAGUACACGCUCCCAGCAGUGAUGGUGGGACCUCUAUCUGAUAUCUUGGGUGGUGUAUAUGGCUCUGCUGGAUCGAAGGACUGCAUUAUCUUUGCUUGUAUGCCGUUCGGGACUGACUCCAGUGAUCUACAUAGCUGGAAUUGCCCUGUUGAUGCUACGACCUUGAUGGACUUUACUUUCUGUCCAGCGCAAGAUCUACUUGUUGUAGUGGCACUUUCACCAGACUCCUUGACUUAUGCAUACGAUAUCCAUCUGAGGUCACUGACAACGAACGACGCCCACCCUGAUGCAGCACAACCAAUCCUGAAGGCACUCGACACGGAUACCAUUGGCCACGCAAUACCCCAAUCCACCAGUGCGGAAGUCCAUAUCAUGGGGAGCUACGUUAUCGUGCUAUUGUGGAAUGUCGUGGUAAAGGAGAGAGACUGUAUGCAAAUGUGGGACUGGAAAUCCAAGAAUGGUUACCAGUUCAGUCUUUUGUUCAAUGAUGGUAUCCACGACUGGUCAUUCAUUGCAGAAGAUCAGUUCCUCGUCCUUGAUAUCCACGGGAUCAUGGAAAUAUAUUCCAUUGCCGACAAGUCAAAGCCCCCUCGAUGCACCGCGAAACUCUCAUUACCUUCUCUCAUGGAUCACUUUUCAUACACAGAGGUAUCCGUAGGUAAAAAUAUUACUUCUGGCUCCAUGCUUUCCCAUCCUCGAAGAUCCUACCAACCUCCAUGCCCAUUUCACCCGAGUACGAGUGAUCAACUCAUAGUCAUCCAUGUCGGUGUUGAAUUCAGAAACGAAUUGUUCCGCUAUAGCUUCUUUACCCUGCGUAGUGCCAUCCUGGAACUCGAAAGCUUAUUUUGCAGGACCUACGGCCAACCGACCUUGAAUGGUCCCAAAUUGCUUUGGUCGAUGUGGGGGCCGCGGUAUACGACGUGGUUCCGUGCUACGAAAUUACGCAUAAAUGACAUGGACUGGGUGUCUUCACUCUAUGGUUUCCGCGUUGUGGAUCCCCUCGACAACAGCGCUUCUGAUGCACCACUCGAACCCCGACGGCUACGUAUCAGAGAUUUUAACCCACACAUCGCUCGGCAUUAUCACGCACAAGAUAAACCAGACUACCGCGGUCGACUUGUACAAGGCGAGCUAACUAACACGAUUUCUCGCCCAUUUACGGAACCGCUAGGAUCUGCACUACCGUAUCACGAGAUCGUUAGCGAGGGGUUGUUUUAUGCGGAUACUGCUCAUAUGGACGAAAGUAGGAUUAUGUUAGUGAAAAGAGAUAGAAGAGGUCAACAAAUCGAUAUAUUGGUAUUCUGACUAGUUCCUAAUGUUGACGCCUUGGGAAGUAUGGUCCUCAGGCGGCCACUUAAUGCUGCAUUACCUAGAUCUGUG